UCCGCCCGCCCGCCCGCGGGGGCCCGGCUGCGGCCCGGCCCGGCACGAUGCUGAACGUGCCGCCGUCGGCCUUCCCCGCGCCCGGCUCCCAGCAGCGAGCGGCAGCGGGUGCCCGCAGCAAGGUACCUUUAAAACCAGGAAGGAGUCUUAUGGAUUGGAUUCGGCUAACUAAAAGUGGGAAGGACUUGACUGGUUUGAAAGGGAGGCUGCUUGAAGUGACUGAAGAUGAGCUCUCUAAACACAACAAAAAGGAGGACUGCUGGAUAUGUAUAAGAGGAUUUGUAUAUAAUGUCACACCGUACAUGGAAUACCAUCCAGGUGGUGAGGAUGAACUAAUGAAAGCAGCAGGAACUGAUGGUACAGAUCUCUUUGAUCAGGUUCAUCGUUGGGUCAAUUACGAAUCAAUGCUGAAGGAAUGUCUUGUUGGGAGAAUGGCUGUCAAGCCCAUUGCUGCUCUGAAAGAGAUUUCUUCUGCUGUGUCUGAAGACAAGAAACAGCUUAAUGGUGUGCUUCCUGAGAAGAAAGGACUGGCUUCUUCUGCUCAAGAUUUAAGUCCGAGUUACGACUGGUUCCAAACAGAUAGUUUGAUCACAAUUGUCAUAUACACUAAGCAGAAGGACAUGAAUGCAGACUUGGUGAUAGUUGACUGUCAAGACAAACAAUUAAGGGGAGAAAUCAUCAUGGAUGAUCACUCAUAUCUUGUAGAAAUUGACUUGGAUCAUGCAGUUUCAGAAGAUGUGGCUGUAAAUAUUGCUGAAAGAGUAGGGAAAGUAGAGAUUAUCUUAAAGAAAAAGGAUAAUGUUCAUUGGAAAAAUCUGGGACGGCCUUCUGAGGGUCAUAAUACUUUUAUCAAACGCACAGACAGAGGACUGUUCUACAGAAAAUGCAAGUUGGUUUCUAAGACAGAAGUUACCCAUGACACCAAACUCUUCUGCCUAAUGUUGCCUAAGGGAACACAUCUCCGUGUUCCUACUGGACAACAUGUUUACCUCAAACACAUUAUUGCAGGGACAGAGGUAGUAAAACCAUACACACCUGUGUUGCCUUUUUUGCCACUGGAUUUCCAAGAAGAUGGUGUGCAUAUAUAUUUAAUGAUUAAAAUUUAUUCCCAUGGAUUGUUCACACAGGCACUUGACCACCUACAAAUUGGAGACUAUAUUUCUGUCAGCAAUCCUGAAGGCAACUUCAAGAAGUCACAAGUUCAAACUUCAGAAGAUCUCCUUUUAUUGGCAGGAGGCACAGGUUUCACACCAAUGGUUAAGCUGCUGAAUUUUGCUCUGACUGAAGUUAGCUGUCUGAGGACAGCGAAGCUGAUCUUCUUCAACAAAACUGAGGAUGACAUACUCUGGAGAAACCAGCUAGAGCAAUUAGCUCUUAAAGAUGAAAGGUUUGAGGUUCAGUUCAUUCUUUCACAACCAUCAAAAGACUGGGUAGGUAAACAGGGGAAGAUUUCUCCAUCUCUUCUGUCUGAGUUUGUGAAAAGAAGCAGAAGAGACUCCAAAGUGCUUAUCUGCAUCUGUGGUCCAGCACCUUUUACAGAACAAGGAGUACAAUAUCUGAAGGACCUUGGAUACUCCCAAGAAGAGAUACAUGCUUUUACUGCAUAAACUCAUAGGAGGAUAUCAAUGUUUGUUUGUAUAAUUCAGUAUUAUUUAUUUAUCUUCAUGAAUUUAAAUAAGUGAGAAACAAUUUUGUAAGACUUGAAAUUUCACUCUUGGUACCAAACUGUUUCUUGGAAGAAGCAUAUCUUGGAAAAGAAGUUUUAUACUGUGUUUUAUCUUCUUUUUGUAAAUAUUUUUGCUAAUAUUUAAGUCAUCCAGGGUAUUAAUUUAUUGUAGAGGCAAGCAAAAAAGUAUUGUAUACAUUAUGUCAGGUGUUUCAUGUUGUUGGUUCAUGAGAAUUCUGAAAUUUGUGACAAGCUCUGAUUAAGGUUUUGACUUGAUAAAGCUUAUUAUUUCUUACUGUAAAAAGUCCAAAGAGCAAUACUGUCUGAAAUUAAAUAUUGCGCUGUAACUCAGGUAAUUGGUCAUUGAAAAAUUUUCCUUUUCAUCUGAUGUCUCUUAUUUGACUUGCAAGUGAUCCAGAUACAUUUCUGUCUUUGUAAACAGAGAAGAAAAGUACCUUUGGUAAAAUAUAAAAUUUACAUAAAAUAAUAAAAAAAUAAUAAUUUUACAU